AUGGCGUCUCCUCCUCGCCGGGAUGCUGCAGACCAGCCGAAGAGAGACGUGAAGAACCACGUCUUGUUCGAGGUUGCGACGGAGGUUGCUAAUCGAGUUGGCGGGAUCUACUCGGUACUCAAGUCCAAGGCCGCUGUGACAACCGCAGAGUAUGGCGAGCGAUAUACGCUAAUAGGGCCCUUGAACCGGGCUUCGGCGGUGGUCGAGGUGGAAGCCCUCACGCCAACCAACCCUCAUUUGAUCGGGGCAAUUGAAGCCAUGACCGAGCGCGGCAUAGAGAUCGUAUACGGUCGAUGGCUGAUAGAGGGUGCUCCCCGUGUCCUGUUGAUUGACACUGGUGCGGGAUAUAAGUACCUCGACGAGUGGAAGGGCGAUCUUUGGAAUGCAGCUGGGAUCCCAUCACCAUCGGCUGAUUCAGAGACCAACGAGGCAAUUACAUUCGGCUACCUUGUUGCAUGGUUCUUAGGAGAGUAUAUAUGCCGAGACACCGGGAGGGCUGUUAUAGCUCAUUUCCAUGAGUGGCUCGCAGGAGUUGCCUUGCCUCUAACCAAGAAGCGGCGGAUGGACUUGACGACUAUUUUCACUACCCAUGCAACUCUUCUUGGAAGAUACCUUUGUGCUGGCUCAGUUGACUUUUACAACAACUUGAAGAACUUCGAUGUGGAUGCAGAGGCCGGGAAGAGAGGAAUCUACCACCGCUACUGCAUCGAGCGAGCUGCAGCCCACUCUGCCGACGUCUUCACCACAGUCUCCCACAUUACGGCGUAUGAGAGUGAGCAUUUACUCAAAAGAAAGCCGGACGGUGUCUUGCCUAAUGGAUUGAACGUUAAGAAAUUCUCGGCAGUCCAUGAGUUCCAAAACUUGCACUCUCAUUCAAAGGAUAAAAUCAACGACUUUGUACGUGGCCAUUUCUAUGGUCACAAUGACUUCGACCUGGAAAACACACUAUAUUUCUUUACUUCUGGACGAUAUGAAUACCGGAAUAAGGGUGUUGAUAUGUUUAUUGAGUCGCUCGCGAGACUCAAUCAUCGGUUAAAGGUAUCUGGAUCCAAGACUACCGUGGUGGCCUUUAUAAUUAUGCCUUCCCAGACUUCCUCUCUCACCGUCGAGGCUCUUAAGGGGCAAGCUGUGGUCAAAUCGCUACGAGAUACCCUGGAAAGCGUGGAAAAGAGUAUCGGAAAACGACUAUUCGAACGCUGUCUCGGCUGGAAAGAAGGUGAUAAUAUGCCCGAUGAGAAGGACCUCAUGACAAAUCAGGACCGUGUGCUUAUACGUCGACGAUUAUUUGCCAUGAAACGACAUAACCUCCCUCCAAUCGUCACUCAUAACAUGGUCAAUGACUCCGAAGACCCCAUCCUCAACCAACUUCGCCGAGUACAACUCUUCAACUACCCUACUGAUCGUGUCAAGGUGGUAUUCCACCCAGAAUUUCUUAAUUCUGCGAACCCUGUGUUGCCCUUGGACUACGAUGACUUUGUCAGGGGUACCAACCUUGGUGUUUUCCCUUCCUACUAUGAGCCAUGGGGCUAUACUCCCGCCGAAUGCACAGUUAUGGGCAUCCCAAGUAUAACAACUAACCUAGCUGGUUUCGGAUGUUAUAUGGAAGAGCUGAUCGAGAACUCAGCCGAUUAUGGUAUAUAUGUGGUUGAUCGACGAUUAAAAGGUGUUGAUGAUUCGGUAAACCAGCUUACGACCUAUAUGUUCGACUUUUGCCAGAAGAGCCGAAGGCAGCGAAUCAAUCAAAGGAACAGAACGGAACGAUUGAGUGAUCUGCUGGACUGGAAACGUAUGGGUUUGGAGUACGUCAAGGCCCGCCAGCUUGCUCUCAGACGUGCGUAUCCUUCUUCCUUUGAUGCGGCCGACGAUUUCCACGAGGCCAUUGGCCAUACGGAGCAAAAAAUAUCUCGUCCAUUAUCUGUUCCAGGCUCCCCUCGGGAUCGAACCGGUACCAUGACUCCAGGAGACUUUGCUUCCAUCCAAGAAGGCCAUGAAGGGCUAGAUACCGAGGACUAUAUAUCCUACAAACCUCCGGCUGGCAGCGAUGACGAGGAAGAAGAUUCGAUCCCAGUUCCUAUUAGGCCUAAAAGGCAAUCCAUUUCCCUCAAGAUGGGUCCAGCUCCGAAUGGGAAUGGAACUGGAGCUGAAACUGGAAACAAAGUCGAGGCUGUCUGA